UUGCUAACAGCAGCUUCCUGUGAGGUUGACAAACUGGAUCUGCAGGCCAGAGCUCAGCUAACAUCUAGAGUUCAUCUACACAACUGGAUCACGUUGACAGCGGCUACAAGCUCGCGUGGGGCUAAAUCAGUUCUUCCCAUUUUGCCAGCGGUGCCGCGAACGCAGCACGAGAUCGAGUAGGGUACGUAACCUGUGCGUCUGACGUCACCCCCCUUAGUAACCCUCGGCGGCGUCUCCAGGAGCGAAGGCAACAAGAUGGGAUUGCUGUCCAUUCUGCGUAAGCUAAAGAGCACACCGGACCAGGAGGUGAGGAUACUGCUGCUGGGCCUGGACAACGGCGGCAAGACCACCUUGCUCAAACAGCUGGCGUCCGAGGACAUCAGCCACAUCACCCCCACACAGGGAUUCAACAUUAAGAGUGUCCAGUCUCAGGGCUUUAAACUCAAUGUCUGGGACAUUGGGGGCCAGAGGAAGAUCAGGCCGUACUGGAGGAACUACUUUGAAAACACGGACGUGCUGAUCUAUGUCAUCGACAGCGCCGACAGAAAGAGGUUUGAGGAAACGGGUCAGGAGCUGGCUGAGCUGUUGGACGAGGAGAAGUUGAGCGGCGUUCCUGUUCUGAUCUUUGCGAACAAACAGGAUCUGCUGACCGCCGCUCCGGCCUCUGAGAUCGCAGAGGGACUCAACCUGCACACCAUCCGCGAUCGCAUGUGGCAGAUCCAGUCCUGCUCCGCCCUCACCGGUGAGGGGAUUCAGGAGGGCAUGAAUUGGGUCUGCAAGAGCGUCAACUCCAAGAAAAAGUAGCUUUUGCUUCUAGUCUUAUAUUUCCUCAGGAGGAACAGCAGCAUCAGCACACACACACACACACACACAUACACUGACACACAAUGCACCCUCCUGAGCCUUAGUACGAUGGGAUGUACCUGUGAAUGUAAACACACUACUAAUCCAACAUGGACUUGGAGUUUUUUUUACCCCCUGUGUAAAUCGCUGAUUUACUUAUGGCAACACAUCUUUCUACGCUGGGCUGCACAAAGAGGAGCAAUUCAUCAUAUGACCUAUCUGUGUUCUUAUAUCUCGUCCUCUUGCCCCCGUUCGUCUUCUCACACUUCUUCAUUUUCUUUCCUUAGAUUAACCACCAUUUUGUUUCACUACUCAAUCGGGACUUCCUUUCCAUUGUUUGGCAGUCCACUCAUUUAUUCAGUGCACGCCACAGCUGCUUCUAAGAUGCUCUCACCGGCGGUCCUUUUUGUUGAGGAAUUUUCAUCCAUCCUUCCUGAAAGACUCUAAAGAUGAGUCUUCUCAGGCACCAACGAAGGUCAUCUUAUCUAUGGCAAGCCGAAACAAUCAUUGAGCAGCUGAAGUCUCACUCGAGGUGUCAUAGUCGCGGGGAGAUGACGACAUUACUCAAAGCUAAAUACGCUACAGAGACUGGGGAUGGGCCGACUAUCUUCAGACGCCGAACACUGUGAACCUAUUGAUCUGUGUUGCGAACCAGAAGUCUCCUCACUAUUGAGCUCUUAUAAUAAAUAUUUCUGCUUAAGACAUCCACGGUUUCCGUCUUCCUGAAUCAGCAUCCACUCCGUCAAUUAUUCCAUUUCACAUUUGAUCCGUUUAACUACAGUAAUCCUUUGAUCAUAUGCAUUUUGUAAAUCCUCCCCAGCGUCCCGAUGCCUUUAAGAUCCAGCUGUCGAAGCUGCUCUUGGUCAGACUCUGUUACCAACUUCUGGGUGCAGACUCUGGCUUUUCCCUGUUGGAAACGUACGCUCUGAACAUCCGAUCUCGCAAAGACAGAUCUUUGUCAACACAUUUAUUUUCUCACAGCGGAAAUUCACCAAAUUUCCACGACAGCAGCACCCCGUGCUCGGAAAUCAACCCCCCCUCCGCUCCUCCACAGUCCACCUACGCCACCAUCAGUGUCCCAGCCGAUCCCAGCCACCAGCCACAGCCUGUCACGACCUCAAACGUUCCCAUUAAACUGCUGUCUUUCAUUGGAAUUCCUGCUUUUUUUCUUUUAAACUCUUUUGCACGCUGUCCUGGAAACCAGCUCCCCACCCCACCCGCCCAAACUCACGUCCAUCUUUUUCUCCCUCUCUUUCCUCUCACUUUUUUUUUUUUUUUCAUCAUUCCACGAUAGCUGUAAGCGCUUUUCCUGCUAUGGCUCUGUUUGAAGUGAGGUAUAUUUUUGUAAUGGUUUUUAUUUAUGGUAAAGUAGAGCGUAGAGUGCUUUUUAAAACUGGUGUGGUGUGUGUGUCUGUGUGAUUUCAAGGAUGUUUGAGAAACUGUCCAACUCUCCCCACUAAAUAAUAUUACUGUACAUGUUAAUAUGUAUAAAUAAAAAAGAUUAUUAGGGAAACUACAUUUUUGGAUCAACUGUAAAUAGCGUGGCCCUGUGUUCACAUGUUACGUUGUGCACAUGUUAUAGAGGAAUUGUUACCUUGCUCUACUUUGUAGUCCAUAAUGUUUGCAUUUCUAAUAUAUGCUGGCAGAUUUUUAACAGAGUUAUACUGUAUGUAAUGUAUUUCCCAAUGCAUUUCUUUGUGCUCUUAUGGUUAGUGAGGGAAUUCACUCUUUUAGGCAUUUUUUUUCCUUUUGAUAUUCUUGAAUGUAAUCUGUCCAGAAUUGAAGGUACUGUAUGUGAAUAAAAAAAUGUCUCAGAAAA